CCAGCAAGCGGGGCGGGCCCGGGGCCGGGGCCGGGACCGGGGCGGCGGCGGCGCGGAGCGGGACGGAGCGGGACGGAGCGGAGCGGGGCGAUGGGGCCGCCGGUGCCCGCCGCGCUGGGCGCCCUGCUGCUGCUGGGUGCCCUCGGAGUGACCCACGGUGCCAGGGGCCUGGCCGAGACCACGUUCCCUGAGGACACGGUGGCCGACCGCGUCGGCGGCGCGCGGGGGCGGCGGUACUACGCCCAGCUCUCCGAUGACGAGGACCUGCUGGCAGACGAGGCGUCCGGGGAUGGCAGCGGGGAGUACGGCAGCGGUGACAUCCUGCUGGUGGCCAGGGGCACCCCGGCGCCCGGCGUCGGGCUGGCACCCACCGUUUAUUUCCGGGCGCUGGUGAACUUCACCCACAGCAUCGACUACAGCCCUCGGCUGGAGGAUGCCAACUCAGAGGAGUUUCGGGAGGUCUCGGAGGCCGUGGUGGAUACUCUGGAGUCAGAGUAUUACAAGAUCCCCGGGGACCAAAUGGUCAACGUGGUGUUCAUCAAGGAGCUGGAGGGCAGCGUCUUCGUGGAGCUGGACGUGGGCUCGGAGGGCAACGGGGACGAGGCGCAGAUCGGGGCCGUGCUGCGGGACGUGGUGGCUGCCGGCUCCAUCGCCUCCUUCAUCACCUCGCCCGUCGGCUUCCAGUUCCGGCGCCUGGGGGCCGUGACGCCUCACCUGCGCCCCUGCACCGCCCUGGAGUUCUCCUGCGGCAGCGGCGAGUGCAUCGCCCACGAGUACCGCUGCGACCGCCGCCCUGACUGCCACGAUGCCUCGGAUGAGCAGGGCUGCGGUGAGCCCCCCCCGGCCACCUCCCCGGCACGCCCCGCGCCCCCCAGCACCGCCCGGCCCGCCACCACCCGCCCGCUGGUCACCGUCCCCGCCACCACCCGCCGCCCCCCGCCACCCAAAGCCGGGUGCCGGCCAGCCGAGGCCACCUGCGCGGACGGACGCUGCGUGCCCCGCGACUACCUCUGUGACGGCGAGCGCGACUGCGCCGAUGGCAGCGACGAGGAGGACUGCGGCACCCCGUCGCCCUGCGAGCCCAACGAGUUCAAGUGCCGCAACGGGCACUGCGCCCUGAAGCUGUGGCGCUGCGACGGGGACAACGACUGCGGGGAUGGCUCAGAUGAGACCGACUGCCCCACCAAGGCGCCCGGCGCGGCGUGCGGGCCAGACCAGUUCAGCUGCGUGGCCAGCGGGACCUGCAUCCCCGCCAGCUACCACUGCGACGAGGAGCCCGACUGCCCCGACCGCUCCGACGAGGUUGGCUGCAUGCCGCCGCAGGUGGUGACGCCGCCGCGGGAGUCGGUGCAGGCGGUGCCGGGGCAGACGGUGAGCUUCACCUGCGCCGCCACCGGCGUGCCCACCCCCAUCAUCACCUGGCGCCUCAACUGGGGGAACAUCCCCCCCAGCCGCAGGGUGUCCAUCGUGAGCGAGGGUGGGCAGGGCACACUGACCAUCCGGGACGUGAAGGAGGCCGACCAGGGCGCCUACACCUGCGAGGCCAUCAACACCCGCGGCAUGGUCUUCGGCAUCCCCGACAGCGUCCUCACCGUCACCCCCCGCCCCGGUCCCUGCCCCGAGGGCCACUUCCAGGUGACGGGCACAUCCCGCUGCCUGCCCUGCUUCUGCUUCGGCGUCACCACCGCCUGCCGUGCCACCGCCCGCCACCGCCACCGCCUGCAUCUGCGCUUCGACCGCCCCGAUGACUUCAAGGGUGUCAACGUGACGGUGCCAUCAACUCCGUCCCUGCCGGCGCUUGCGGCCACCCAGCUGCACGUGGACGUGGCCACCGAGGAGUUCCAGCUCCUGGACCUGUCCCGGCGCUUCCUGGCUCUCGAUGCUUUCUGGGCACUGCCGGCCCCCUUCCUGGGUGACAAGGUGGACGCUUAUGGCGGGGCGCUGAGCUAUGGUGUGCGCUACCGGCUGGGCCGGGGGCCCCCCGAGCCAGCCCCCCGCCCUGAUGUGCUGCUGCGGGGCCGGGGCCGCCAGCUCCAGGCGCGCGCUGGGGACACCCAGCCCGACGUCCUCAACCGCCGCCGCAUCCCCUUCACCGAGGACAACUGGGAGGACGAGACGGGCGCCCCGGUGAGCCGGGAGCUGCUGCUGAUGGUGCUGAAGGAGCUGGAGGGCAUCUUGGUGCGGGCGGUGUAUGACGGGCGCAUGGCCAGCGUGGGGCUCAGCGACGUGGCCAUGGAUAUCACCAGUCCUGGGGACACCAGCUUGGCACCUGCCGGGGACGUCGAGGAGUGCAGGUGCCCCGUGGGCUACACGGGGCUGUCGUGCCAGCGGUGCGCCGCCAAUUUCGAGCGGGUGCCGCAGGGACCCUACCUGGGGACCUGCUCGGGCUGCAGCUGCCACGGCCACUCCAGCACCUGCGACCAGGUCUUUGGGCACUGCCUGAACUGCCAGCACAACACAGAGGGUCCCCAGUGUGAGAAGUGCAAACCUGGCUUCUUUGGCGACGCCACGCAGGGCACGGCCACCGCCUGCCGCCCCUGCCCCUGCCCCUACACCGAGCCAGCCCGCAGGUUCUCCGAGUCAUGCUUCCUGGACACGGAUGGCCAGGCCACCUGCGAUGCCUGCGCCCCCGGCUAUGCUGGCCGCCGCUGCGAGAGGUGCGCCCCAGGCUAUGAGGGAGACCCCAUCCAGCCAGGUGGCAAGUGCACCCGCAUCGGCCAGGAGCUCGUCAAGUGCGAUGCACGCGGGGGCAAGGACGCGGUGGGUGGCACGUGCCGCUGCAAGCCCAACGUGACGGGGCGGCAGUGUGAUGAGUGCGCGGCCGGGACCUUCCACCUGAGCGACGCCAACCCCGACGGCUGCCUCAAGUGCUUCUGCAUGGGCGUCUCGCGGCAGUGCGCCAGCUCCUCCUGGAGCCGCGACCAGGUCCGUGUCACUGCUGAGGAGGUGUCGCCACUGCACCUGACCAACCUGGCAGGCACGGGGACGAUGAUCAAAGGCUCACGCUUCGCUGCCCCACGGGAGCUCGUCUUCUCCGACUUCUACACUCUGCCCCGUGAUGUCUACUUCUGGGUUCUGCCCACAUCCUUCACCGGAGACAAGGUGACAUCGUAUGGGGGCGAGCUGCAGUACACGGUGACGCACCACGCGCCAGCAGACGCCCAGCCGCUGCAGCGCCAGCCUGACGUCCUGCUGCAAGGCAACGGCAUCUUCCUGGAGCACUUCUCUGAUGCCACCCCUGCGCCCGGUGUCCCCACCACCGUCACCGUGCCCUUCCGCGAGCACGCUUGGCACCGGGCGGACGGGCGCGAUGCCACCCGGGAGCACCUCCUGAUGGCCCUGGCCGACAUCGAUGUCCUCAUGAUCCGCGCAUCCUACAUGGACCAACCGAUGGAGAGCAGGCUCUCUGAUGUCCGCCUGGACGUGGCCGUGCCCCACGCCACCGGCCGGCCACCGGCGCUGGAGGUGGAGGACUGUGCCUGCCCCCCCGGCUACCGUGGCCCGUCCUGCCAGGACUGUGACGUGGGCUACGCCCGCAGCACCAGCGGGCUCUACCUGGGCACCUGCGAGCGCUGCCAGUGCCAUGGGCAUGCCGACGAGUGCCAUCCUGAGACGGGCGAGUGCCAGGGCUGCCGGGACCACACGGAGGGCACACAGUGUGACAAGUGCCAGCCUGGCUACUAUGGCGAUGCUACCCGCGGCACCCCGGGCGACUGCCGUCCCUGCCCCUGCCACGGAUCCCACACUGACACCCAGAGCUGCUUCGAGGACACGGACGGGCAGCCCACGUGCAGCGCCUGCGCCCCAGGACACAGCGGGCGCCUCUGCGAGAGGUGCUCGCCUGGCUACGUGGGGGACCCGCUGCGGGGAGAGCCAUGCCGAGAGCCAGGGGCCACCGGUGACCAGUGCCAGUGCAACCUGCAGGGCAGCAUCGGCGAGCAGUGCGACGCCAGCGGGCUGUGCCAGUGCAAGGCCAACGUGGAGGGUCCCCACUGCGCGGCCUGCCGCCCCCACCACUUCCACCUGAGCGCCGUAAACCCGGCGGGCUGCCUGCCCUGCUUCUGCAUGGGCAUCGUCCAGCACUGCGCCAGCACCUCCUACUCCCGCGACACGGUCCGGACGUCCUUCGGCCCCGGGAGCUGGCAGGGCUUCGCGCUGGUGAACCGGCAGCGCAGCACCCGCGUGGCCACCGGCUUCAGCGUGGAGAUGGGCACCACGGGGCCCCAGCUCACCUACGGGCGCUUCGGGGAGCUGUCCCCUGAGUCCUACUACUGGCAGCUGCCCCAGCCCUACCAGGGGGACAAGGUGGGCUCCUACGGUGGGCGGCUCCGCUACACCCUUACCUACACCCCAGGGGGCCGGGGGGCCCCCCUGCCCGACGCCGACAUCCAGAUCACGGGCAACGACAUCACGCUGGUGGCAUACCAGCCCGACCUGCCCCCCGGCAUGCCGCACGCCUUUGAGAUCGUUUUUCGGGAGCAAUACUGGCAGCGGCCGGACGGGCAGCCGGCCACGCGGGAGCAUCUCCUGAUGGCGCUGGCCGACCUGGACGAGAUCCUGAUCCGCGCCACCUACUCGACCAGCAUGGCCGCGUCCAGCAUCGCCGGUGUCAGCAUGGACAUGGCCGUGCCCCCCCGGCCCGGCCUCCCCCCGGCGCUGGAGGUGGAGGAGUGCCGCUGCCCCCCCGGCUACCGUGGCCUCUCCUGCCAGGACUGUGCCCCCGGCUACACGCGCACCGGGGGGGGGCUGUACCUGGGGCACUGCGAGCUCUGCGAGUGCAACGGCCACUCGGAGACCUGCCACCCCGAGAGCGGCCUCUGCUCCGGCUGCUUGCACAACACGGCGGGGGACUUCUGUGACCAGUGCGCGCCCGGCUUCUACGGGGAUGCCACCGCCGGCACCCCUGAGGACUGCCAGCCCUGCGCCUGCCCCCUUGUGCACCCUGAAAACCAGUUCUCGCGGACCUGCGAGAGUUUGGGAGGCGGUGGGUACCGCUGCACCGCCUGCGCGCCGGGCUAUGCCGGGCAGUACUGCGAGCGGUGUGCUCCUGGCUACGUGGGGGACCCCAGCGUGCGGGGCCAGACAUGCGUGCCGCAGGGCUCGCCACCCCCUCUCGUGGUCCGCGUGCACCCGCCGCGCACAGCAGUGCCGCAGGGCAGCCCGGUGACGCUGCGCUGCCAGGCCAGCGGGAACCCCCCCUUCUACUACCACUGGUCGCGGGAGGACGGGCGGCCCCUGCCCAGCAGCGCCCAGAGCCAGCGGCAAGGUGAGGAGCUGCACUUCGCCAGCAUCCAGCCCACCGAGGCCGGCGUCUAUGUGUGCUCCUGCCGCAACCUGCAGCACAGCAACGCCAGCCGGGCCGAAGUCAUCGUCACCGAGACACCCACUAAGCCCAUCACUGUCACCGUGGAGGAGAAGAGGGUGCAGCGGGUGAAGCCCGGGGCCGACGUCACCUUCAUCUGCACAGCCAAGAGCAAGUCACCCGCCUACACCCUGGUGUGGACACGCCAGAACCAUGGGACGCUGCCGUCGCGCGCCAUGGACUUCAACGGCAUCCUGACCAUCCGCAACGUGCAGCCUGAGGACGCUGGCGUCUACGUCUGCACCGGCUCCAACAUGCUGGACAUGGACGAGGGCACGGCCACACUCUACGUCCAGGCCCCUUCGAAGACCCAGAUGUUUUAUGGACCUGUUGAGUUUAUGGAGGGGCACAGACCCGCCGCCACUGCCACCGCCCCCACCGCCACCGUGGAGCCGGCGCAGCUGAGCGUGGCACCGGGGCAGCCAGCCGAGUUCCGCUGCGUGGCCACCGGCAGCCCUGCGCCCACCCUCGAGUGGCUCGGCGCGCUGCCACCACGGGCAGUCGCCCACGGCGGGAUUCUGCGGUUCGGCGCCGUCGAGCCAUCCGACCAGGGGCACUACAUGUGCCGCGCGCGCAGCAGCGCUGGCCAGCACACGGCGCGGGGUUUCCUCCAUGUGCAAGGCGCUGGUGAGCCCCAGGUGCAGGUGAGCCCAGAGCGGACAGAGGUGCAGGAGGGCUCCACAGUGCGGCUGUACUGCCGGGUGUCGGGGUCACCCACUGCCACCAUCUCCUGGGAGAAGCAGGGGGGCUCCCUGCCACCACAGUCCCGCUCUGAGCGCACCGACAUCGCCACGCUGCUCAUUCCUUCCAUCACGGUGGCCGAUGGUGGCAUCUACCUCUGCGUGGGCACCAGCGCCGCCGGCACAGCCCGCGCCAGCAUCGAGGUGGUGGUGGUGCCAGGGGCCGUGCCGCCCGUCCGCAUUGAGUCCUCGUCCCCCUCUGUCACCGAGGGACAGACCCUGGACCUCGACUGCAUGGUGGCAGGAUCAGGCCACGUCACCGUCACCUGGUACAAGCGUGGCGGCUCCCUGCCCGCCGGCCACCAGGUGUCGGGGUCCCGUCUUCGCGUCCCCCACAUCACGGCGGCUGAUUCGGGCGAGUACGUGUGCCGGGUGAACUCGGGAGCCACCGUCCGGGAGGCGUCUGUCAUCGUCACCGUCGUGUCCGGCUCCGGGCUGUCCUACGGGCCACCAGGCUCGGGUGGCACAGCCCCCGUCAGGAUCGAGGCGUCCUCCUCCACCGUGGCUGAGGGACAGACCCUGGACCUCAACUGUGUCAUCGCCAGCCCCGCGCAGGCCACCGUCACCUGGUACAAGCGCGGCGGGUCCCUGCCAGCCAGGCACCAGGUGUCCGGCUCCCGGCUGCGGCUGCUGCAGGUGACGGCAGCUGACUCGGGCGAGUACGUGUGCCGGGUGAGCAGCGGGGCCACCACCAAGGAAGCCACUGUCGUGGUGACGAUCCAGCCCAGCGGGGCUGGCUCCUACCCCCCAGGUGGCACAAUGCCACUGCACAUCGAGUCCUCAUCCUCCACCGUGACUGAGGGACAGACCCUGGACCUCAACUGUGUCAUCGCCAGCCCUGCGCAGGCCACUGUCACCUGGUACAAGCGCGGCGGGUCCCUGCCGGCCAGGCACCAGGUGUCUGGCUCCCGGCUGCGGCUGCUGCAGGUAACAGCGGCCGACUCAGGCGAGUACGUGUGCCGGGUGAGCAGCGGGGCCACCACCAAGGAAGCCACCAUUGUGGUGAAGAUCCAGCCCAGCACGGCCGGCUCCUACCCCCUGGGCGGAACAACGCCCCUGCGCAUCGAGUCCUCGUCUUCCACCGUGGCCGAGGGACAGACCCUGGACCUCAACUGUGUCAUCGCCAGCCCCGCGCAGGCCACCGUCACCUGGUACAAGCGUGGCGGGUCUCUGCCAGCCAGGCACCAGGUGUCCGGCUCCCGGCUGCGGCUGCUGCAGGUGACAGCGGCCGACUCAGGCGAGUACGUGUGCCGGGUGAGCAGCGGGGCCACCACCAAGGAAGCCACCAUUGUGGUGAAGAUCCAGCCCAGCGGGGCCGGCUCCUACCCCUCUGGUGUCACCCCCCCGGUGCGCAUCGAGUCCUCCUCCUCCUCUGUGGCCGAGGGACAGACCCUGGACCUCGACUGCAUCGUGGCCGGCCAGGGCCAGGCCACCAUCACGUGGUACAAGCGCGAGGGGUCCCUGCCCGCCAGACACCAGGUGUCGGGCACCCGCCUGCGCAUCCCCCAGGUGUCCGCAGCUGACUCGGGCGAGUACGUGUGCCGAGUGACCACGGGUGGCAUCACGCACGAGACGUCCCUCAUUGUCACCAUCCAGACCGGCGCUGGCUCCUCUUACGCUGUGGGUGUCACACCACCCGUGAGGAUCGAGACCUCGUCUGCUGCUGUGACCGAAGGACAGACACUGGACCUCAACUGCAUGGUGGCCGGGCAGGGCCACCCCCACGUCACCUGGUACCGGCGGGGGGGGGCUCUGCCCCCCAACAGCCAGGUGUCGGGCACCCACCUGCGCCUUGUCCAGGUGUCAGUGGCUGAUUCGGGAGAGUACGUGUGCCGGGUCACCCUGGGGAGCACCACACAGGAGGCAUCUGUCAUCGUCACCGUUCCCAGCAGCGCUGGCACCUACUACUCCCCCAGCGCCUCCCAGCCUGUCCGCAUCGAGUCCUCGUCCUCCGCCAUCGCCGAGGGACAGACCCUGGACCUCAACUGUAUGGUGGCAGGAUCUGGCCCCACCACCGUCACCUGGUACAAGCGCGGUGGCUCCCUGCCUGCCGGCCACCAGGUGUCGGGCACGCGCCUGCGCAUCCCCCAGGUGUCCGCGGCCGACUCGGGCGAGUACGUGUGCCGGGUGACCACGGGUGGCGUCACGCAGGAGACGUCCCUUGUCGUCACCAUCGAUGAUGGCUCCAACCCCUCCCACCCCGCCAGCGUCAUGCCGCCCAUCCGCAUCGAGUCCUCGGCGUCCUCCAUCACCGAGGGACAGACCCUGGACCUCGACUGCAUUGUGGCCGGCCAGGGCCAGGCCACCAUCACCUGGUACAAGCGUGGGGGAUCCCUGCCCGCCAAGCACCAGAUGUCGGGGUCCCGCCUGCGGCUGUCGCAGCUCUCCGUGGCCGAUUCAGGCGAGUACGUGUGCCGGGCAGAUGUGGGCAGCACCUCCCGCGAGGCCACCAUCACUGUCACCGUCACCUCCCACGACAGCUCCAGCUACCGCCUGCAGAGCCCCAUCAUCUCCAUCGAUCCGCACAGCAUGGCUGUGGCCCCGGGUGAGGAUGCCACCUUCAAGUGCCGCAUCCACGACGGUGCCCGGCCCAUCAAUGUCACCUGGCGGAUGGGGCCUGGCCAACACCUCCAAGACAACGUGAAGAUCAGCACCAACGGCUCCGUCAUCUCCAUCACCGGCGCCCACGCAGGCAACCAGGGCGCCUACCACUGCGUGGCCUCCAACCGCUUCGGCGUCGCCAGCAGCGUUGUCAACCUCCUGGUGCAAGGUGCCCCUACCGUGUCAGUGAUGCCCCCAGGCCCCGUGACAGUGAAGGAGGGCAAAUCCCUCAGCCUGGAGUGCCUGGGCCGGGGCGAGCCACGGCCACUGGUGCGCUGGAGCCGUCUGGGCUCACGGCAGAAGGUGGAGCACCAGACGCUGCUGCACAUGGACAGCCAGGCUGUGCUGCAGCUCUCGCCGGCCAAGCCGGAGCACGCCGGGACCUACAUCUGCACGGCACACAGCGCCCUGGGCUCGGCGCAAGCCCAUGUGGACGUCAGCGUGGAGACUGCACAGAGGCACCCCGGGGCCCCCGAGGUCACCGCGCCGCCCGCUGUCACCGUGGUGGCUGGGGACACCGCCACGCUGCACUGCUCAGCCACAGGCGAGCCGGCGCCCCGGAUCGAGUGGUCGAAGCUGCGGGCGCCGCUGCCCUGGCAGCACCGGGUGGUGAAUGGCAGCCUGGUCAUCCCCCGUGCCGCGCAGCAGGACUCGGGCCAGUACAUCUGCAAUGCCAGCAGCCCCGCCGGCUCCGCCGAGGUCUUCGUCACCCUCGACGUAGAGACGCCGCCGUACGCCACGAGCCUGCCGGAGGAGAGCGCGGUGCACAUGGGCGACGCGGUGCAGCUGCAGUGCCUGGCCCACGGCACCCCGCCGCUGCUCUACACCUGGGACAAGCUCAACGGCAGCCUGUCACCCCGCGCCGUGCCCCGCGCCGGCCUCCUGCGCAUUAUCCCCGUGCUGCCCGCUGAUGCCGGCACCUACCGCUGCCUCGUCACCAACCGCGUGGGCACCGCCGAGACCUUCGCCCGCGUCGUCGUCCACGGUGAGCACCCCGGGGUGCCCCGUGCCGUGCCGGGGAUGCCCGCACCACACGGUGACACUUCUAUGUCCCACGCAGGUGACAGUGGCGCUGAUGGCGGCGGUCCCCUGGCCGUGCGGGUGACGCCGGGGAGCCUGGUGAAGGGGGUAGGCAGCACGGCCGAGUUCGCCUGCACCGUCUCGGGGGACCCGCGGGCGCGCCUGGAGUGGGUGAAGGACGGCGGGGAGCUGCCCCCCAGCCACAGCGUGCGGGACGGGGUGCUGCGGAUCCCGGAGCUGGCGCGGGGGGCGCAGGGGGUGUACGUGUGCCGGGCCAGCGCGCCAGGCGGGCAGGCGGAGGACAGGGCCACCCUCACCGUCCAGGCUCUGCCCAGGGCCCUGAUCAACAUCCGGACGGCGGUGCAGACGGUGCUGGCAGGCACGGCAGUGGAGCUGGAGUGCCUGGGCCUGGGCGACCCCCAGCCCCACGUCACCUGGAGCAAAGUGGGGGGCCGCAUCCGGCCGGGGGUGCUGUCUCGUGCCGGCACCCUGACCAUCGAGCGGGUGGAGCGGGCGGACGCGGGGCAGUACCGCUGCACUGCCACCAACGCCGUGGGCACCGUCCAGUCCCACGUCAUCCUCCACGUGCAGGCUGCCCCCCACAUCGCCGGGCAGCCAGAGGUGAAGGAGGUCUCAGCGGGCUCAGUGGCCGUUCUGCCCUGCUUGGCGUCCGGCUUCCCCGUGCCGGAGAUCAGCUGGAGCAAGCUGGAGGGGGAGCUGCCAGCGGGCGCACGGGUGGAGGGCGCGGCGCUCAUGCUGCCGGCCGUGCGACCCGAGGACGCCGGCGUCUACGCCUGUGCCGCCACCAACCGCCGCGGCCAGGAGACGGCUUUCUACGUGCUGAAGGUCCGAGAGCACCUGGUGCCCUACUUCACGCAGACGCCCCACUCCUUCCUGCCGCUGCCCACCAUCAAGGACGCCUACAAGAUGUUUGAGAUCCAGAUCACCUUCCGGCCCGAUGCCGCCGAUGGGAUGCUCCUCUACAACGGGCAGCGCAGGAGCAGCGGUGCCGACUUCAUCUCCUUCGGGCUGGUGGGCGGGCGCCCCGAGUUCCGUUUUGACGCUGGCUCGGGCAUGGCCACCAUCCGGCACCCGACACCGCUGCGCCUGGGCGAGUACCACACCGUGCGCCUCUUCCGCAACCUCACCCGGGGCUCGCUGGUGGUGGACGGGCUCCCCCCGGUCAACGGGACCUCGCAGGGCAAGUUCCAGGGGCUGGACCUGAACGAGGAGCUGUACCUCGGCGGGUACCCUGAUUACGCUUCCGUGGCCAAGACGGGGCUCAGCCAAGGCUUCGUGGGCUGCGUGCGGCAGCUCCGCAUCCAGAACGAGGAGGUGGCGUUCGGGGAGCUGGACCUGCAGGCGCACGGCGUCGCCAACUGCCCCACGUGCCAGGACCGGCCCUGCCAGAACGGCGGCAUCUGCGAGGACGCCGAGAGCAGCACCUACAUCUGCCGCUGUCCCCACGGCUUCACCGGCAGCAACUGCGAGUACUCGCAGGCGCUGCACUGCCACCCAGAGGCGUGCGGGCCUGAUGCCACCUGCGUCAACCGGCCGGACGGGCAGGGCUACAGCUGCCGCUGCCACCUGGGCAAGUCUGGGGAGAGGUGCACUGAAGGCGAGGCGGUGAGCGUGCCGUCCUUCGGCGGGGCGGGCGCCUUUGUGUCCUACCCGCCCCUCACCAACGUGCACCACGAGCUGCGGGUGGAGGCCGAGUUCCUGCCGCGGGCGCCCGACGGGCUGCUGCUCUUCAGCGCCGGCAAAGCUGCCCCCGUCGAGGACUUCGUCGCCCUCGCCAUGGUCGGCGGCCACCUCGAGUUCCGCUACGAGCUGGGCUCAGGCCCAGCGGUGCUGCGGAGCGCCGAGCCGGUGGCGCUGGGACGCUGGCACCGGGUGAUGGCCGAGCGGGUGCACAAGGACGGGACGCUGGUGGUGGACGGCAGCGCCCCGGUGCAGCGCUCCUCGCCUGGCAAGAGCCAGGGGCUCAACCUGCGCUCCCCGCUCUACCUGGGGGGCACGGAGCCCCCCCUGCAGCCCCCCACCAACGCCUCCUUCCAGGGCUGCAUCGGCGAGGUCUCCAUCAAUGGGAAGAAGGUGGAUUUGUCCUACAGCUUCCUGCGGAGCCGGGGCGUGGGGCAGUGCGGGCAGAGCUCGCCCUGCUUGCACGCACCCUGCCUGCACGGGGGCCGCUGCCUGCCCCUGCCCGACGGCAGCCCCCCCUUCCGCUGCCUCUGUUCCCCCGGCUUCAGCGGGCCACGCUGCGAGCGGGCGGAGGACCGGUGCCUGCAGCACAACCCCUGCCUGCACGGCGGCACCUGCAAGGGCAAUGCCUGCAUCUGCCCUGAGGGCUACACCGGCCCCUACUGCCAGCACAGCACGGCGCUGUCAGAGCUGGACCGGGACUGGCAGGAGGGCAGCGGGGGCGGUGAUGCCCCUGGGCAGUUCAGCGCCGCUUUCCGUGAUGGCUCCUACCUGGCCCUGCCCGGCCACCUCUUCCCCCGCGGCGCGCCUGAUGCGCAGGAGGCGAUCGAGCUGGAGCUGCGGACGGACAGCGCCGAGGGGCUGCUGCUGUGGCACGGGGCGGAGAACGGCAAAGCCAAAGACUUCGUGGGGCUCGGCUUGAAGGACGGGCACCUGGUGUUCAGCUACCAGCUGGGCAGCGGCGAGGCCGUCAUCGUCUCCGAGGACCCCGUCAACGACGGCGAGUGGCACCGGGUGACGGCAACGAGGCAGGGCCGGCGCGGGUGGCUGCAGGUGGACGGCGAGGAGCCGGUGCACGGGGAGUCGCCGGGAGCCAACGUCAUGGCCAACACCCAGGGCAGCAUCUACGUCGGCGGCGCCCCGGACCCCCGCAGCCUCACGGCCGGCAAGUUCCUCACCGGAGUGACGGGCUGCGUGCGGGGGCUGCUGCUGGCAUCCGCAGGGAUCCCCCCGCACCCCAUCGACCUGCGGCAUGGCGCGGUGGGGGGCUCCGCCGCGCCCCCCUGCCCCUCAUAGCCCCCCCGGCCACCAAGAGGCUCGGGGAGAGCGAGUUUUGUCGGAUUUAUUAUUAUUGUUAUUAUUAUUUUCCAAAAAGCCACGAGGAAACGGUGCUUCGCUGCCCUGGGAUGGCUCCGGGGGGGGCCGGGACCCCACAAAAAUGUUUACACCCCCCCCCUCGCCCCAAGCCGUGCUGGGGCGGCCGGGCCGCCCGGGUGCCUCCUGGGGUGGCACCGGGGUGGGGGGCGCAAGGGACAAUCCUGGGCGCUGGAGGGGGCACCGGGGCCCCCCCCGGUCCCCUCGCGCUGGGACACCCAUUAAAGGAGAGAGAACGAG